AAAAACCAGUAAUAUAGUUACUGUGUACGCGCGGUGGUGGUACUAACGGUUUCCGAAGCCAGUCUUGCAGUGUGGUGGUACCCAUCGCGGAGGCAUCGUAUAAACAACUCUGACGGCCCGCCGCCAGUCACUAACUCGUCAGCCAACGACCCUGCCGUCUAACAAUGAACAUUUCCAAUACGUGAACAAACGUGAAAGUGUUUAAGAUGGCGACUGUACAUCGUGUCGUUCUCUGCUUGCUCGUCUUGCAAAUGUACGUCCAUGGCGCACCGAGCGACGUUAGCAAGCUAGAAGAUAUCGCGAAUGUAGAAGAAGCAGAUGUCAAGUCAGAAAUAUUGACAGAAGAAGACAGCAAAGGUGAUGACGCAAGUCAAGGGGUCCGACAAAAAAGAUACUACAAUUUCUACGGAUAUGGAUUUCCACCAAUCAAUCCCCUUAUUUAUCCCAACUAUGAUAGAAGUGAGGCUCCAACCAACACCGGUUCGUAUGGAUACGAAGAUCCAUUCGUACACAUUAAUAGAAGAUUGCAAGAAAUAGCCAAUGUGGUAAGGCAGCCGGCACCACCGCCACCGCCUCCUCACAUACCUAUAUUCUUCCCAGUAAUAUUCAUUCCACAAGCAGGAUGCCAAUGCUUCCCCGAGACAUCGACAAAUCCACCACAAACCCCACCAGCAAACACAAACCAAACAAAUCCAAAUGUUUUCAACAGAUUUUCAGAAAUGGAUGAUGUCAGACAAAACUGGGGUUUAGUGGUAAACCAAACUGCAGAUGAUGAUGAUUAUGAUGAGGGAGAUGGUAGUAGACCGAUAUCCUUUGAUCCUAUUCGAGUAAACAGAACUAUGAGGAAGCCCGCACCGCCUGUGGAGCAUGGUACGGUUCAAAGUAACUCCCAAGCUGUGACGACUACCACCAGUAGAUCCAUUGCAAGACCUGGAUUCAGUGUUGGCAGUUUCGCACCAGCAGCUCCGUCAGAGACUCCAAGUACUUGUGACGGAGCCGUCCUUAGUUGCUGUCAUCAACGUGCUGUGACAUAUAAUUGUUUCACAGCCCAAGGAUGCCCCAACCCGACCUCCUACGGCAAUCCUUGUGACCCCGACGUCAUCUUGAAAGUGAUUGACAAGUUUCAACGGUUUUAUGGUGUGAGAAAUUAAUAAAGAAAUGCGUUGAGCAAGUGCUUUGAGAUUAUAAAAAUAAUAUUAAGUAUAUUUAUUAUUUUACGAAGUAUGUAAGAAAACGAACUAAAUAAGUACAUUACUUGCUAUAUUAAUGACCGACAAUAUUGUGAAAAUAGGUAGGUCUAUUUUUUUAGGUCUGUAAAUAACUAAAUUUAUAUCAAUAUCAUUGUAAAAUGCUUAAAUAAUGUGAACUAUUGAGUUCAAAUGAACAAAAAUAAUGUUCCUAAUUUUAUAAAAUAAAUAGAGUAACUUUUGUAUA